AAAUUCUGUAAAAAAUAAUUUGUCAUUUAAAUUCUCAUGCUAAGCAAUAAAAGUCAAUAUGAAAAUUCGAAUAGUUUAUAUUAAUAACUAAACUUUGUAUAGCAUAAAAAAAAUAAGCGAAAAACAAGGCAAACGGCAUGAGCAGAGCGAACGAUCCAAAGCUAAAUGAACCCAACACAGAGACCAACACAGACGCUAUCGAUUGCCUAUUGGAUGAUCUCUGCCUGCAAAUGUUGCAUCUAACCGAGGAGCACAGCGCUCAGCAACUGGCGCUGGAGCGGCACAUGAAUCGCAGUCGCCUACUGUUGGCCCGAAUCCGCCUUCAAGCUGGCACCACAAGUGGCGCUACCUCAGCUCGACUUUCCAGCUCGGAGCCCUAUCGAGCGCACUGUCGCCUGCUGGAGCAAAGCGGCAGCUCGAACUGCAAACUCAUUCGCUAUGAUCUGGAGACGUCUGGCUGCCGCCUGGCACCGGUGAAUCGCAUCUUUGGAGCGCUGGUGUCGCGCAGCUUGCGCAUGGCAUGCGACAAGUGGGAGCGCUGCCUGGAGCAAGUUGUGGAGUCGGUUAAUGUGCAGCGCGAACUGCAAGGCGUGCUCAGAGCUAUGGAGCUGCUGAAGUGGGCGCGGCAGCGAGGACACACUGUAUGAGAAGAGAGCGACGCGCUCAAAGCGAAGAAUAAAUGU